AUGCUGAAACCGAUGGAUGCAGAGGAUCAAAUGCUUGAGGAGCAUUUGAUUGAUGAACAGAAUAUAACUGACAAAGAGACUUCUGAAAUGUGCGUUCAAGAACAUGACUAUGAUCUGGAGACUGAACCAGUGGAUCUCUUCCAAGACUUCGAGGAAAAGUUGAAUGACCCACUCUUCGAUGAACACGAUGUGGAAGAUCAAAGAGACACAACAGGGCCUUGCAAUGUGCAAAAGAGUGUACUUGCUGAAUUCCUGGAAUCACCCGAAACUCCCAAACCAUGUAUAUCACCUGGACCUAAGUGGUUUCUCAAAUAUAUCAUUCACUUGGGCUCAAAUUUUCAUCACUUGCUUUACAAAAUAAUAUUUUUUCCUUACUUCCACACAGCUUUCAUCAUAGCUACAUGCACAUGGGCAGAUGAAUCAACUCAGCCCGAUGAUCAACCAUUCCGGGGAACUAGAAACGUCGAGUUUGAUUGGCAGCUCACAAAGCGCAUGUUCAGAAUGCAAAAAUCCAAUGCUGUGAUAUCGCCCUUCUCGGUGAAAAUCCUGCUGGUACUGCUGUACGAAGCCACUGGCGAUGGCAGUUUACCAAUCCUAACGCAAACCAAGAAGGAACUGCGAAGUAUCCUGGAGCCAAGUGGAGAUAUCGAAGCAACUCGGACCCUGUACCAACAGUGGUUGGAUUCGGCACAGCUACCCAACGAAGAAUUCGAUUUGGAGAUUGCCAACAAUUUAUUUGUGGAGGAAUACAUCGAUGUCAUCUCAAAGUAUCGGAUCAUUUUGAAUUAUUACUACAGCGCAACGGUUGACAAAGUUCCAUUCUCCAAUCCAAAAAAAGCAGCUGAUAUGAUCAAUAACUGGGUGAACCAGGCUACCUCUGGACGGAUUCCAGAGCUUGUCACUGCUGAUAGCGUUGAAGGAGCCGUCAUCACCUUGGUCAAUGCCAUCUACUUCAACGGUGUGUGGACCUAUCCGUUUCCUGAGAAUGGACCAAGGUUAACUUUCCAUGGUAGUCAGAAACAAGUUCAGGCCGAAUUCAUGGAGCAGAACGGUCAAUUCUACUACGACGACUCUGUUACCCUGAAUGCUCAGUUGCUUCGAUUGUCGUAUCGGGGCGGUAAAUUUUCCAUGUACAUUCUGUUGCCACAUCAAGGAAGCUCGAUCGAUGACGUUCUAAAUCGCGUAACAUCAAGCUCAUUGCACACGGCACUUUGGUUCAUGGACGAAACCGAUGUCAACGUUACGAUUCCCAAGUUCAAGUUUGAUUUCUCGGAAGAACUGAUUCAACCUCUGCGGGACAUUGGCAUUCGAGAGAUCUUCUCCCAAAAUGCAUCCCUUCCUCUGUUGGCCCGUGGCAAAGGAACCCGAAAUAACGUACGAGUAUCACGAGUCUUCCAGAAGGUCGGUAUUGCCAUCAACGAAAAGGGAAGCGAACCGUUCGCUGCUUCUGCAGUGAGUACUGUUCUGGUGAAAAAGUUUGAUGGAGAUGAACCACAGAUCUUCUAUGCCAACCGGCCUUUUUUGUUCUUCAUCGAAGACGAGGACUUUGGAACGCUGCUCUUCGUCGGCCGGGUGGAUGACCCUACCAAGUGAGAACUCAGGCGGGGAAAGAUAAUUUAAAUAGUCAGAAUGUACUGGUUGA